CGUUAUCCACACAUUUGUGAGAUACCAAUGGAGCUGAGUCGUAGAUGGGUGAGGCAAGCGAAACCCCACUGCUUCUACUCGGUUGUCACGAAGCCCCCCAUGGCAUCGACGGCUCCGACGACUUCUUUGUCAGUUCCUUGCUAUAAACCUCAUCUCAUCUCUUUCUUCUCUCCGUCUCGCCGCUCCGUGUCAAAGACUAGUUCUUCUUACGCUCCAAUUGUUCAUUCACAUGGCUCAGAGACUGCAAUUGCGAACAACAACUCAAAUUCCAACUCUUCGAAGGUGCUUCUGAAAGGAAUGAAAUACGAUGAACUUGAAAAUUGGGUGAAGUCACAUGGAUACAGGCCUGGCCAGGCUUUAAUGCUAUGGAAGCGCCUUUAUGGAAACAACAUCUGGGCAAAUUGUGUUGAUGAAUUGGAAGGGUUGAAUAAAGAUUUCCGGAAAAUGUUGGGCGUAUUUGCUGAAUUUAAGGCUCUGUCUCUGAAAAAGAUUCUUACAGCAGCAGAUGGAACUCAGAAGAUUCUAUUCACAUUGGAUGAUGGAUUGGUGAUAGAAACAGUUGUAAUUCCUUGCAAAAGAGGGAGAACUACUGUUUGUGUCUCAAGUCAAGUCGGCUGUGCCAUGAAUUGUCAGUUUUGUUACACUGGGAGGAUGGGCUUACGGAGACAUCUUACUGCUGCUGAGAUAGUGGAGCAGGCUGUAUUUGCCCGGCGUUUGCUCUCAAGUGAAAUUGGUUCUAUUACGAAUGUUGUAUUUAUGGGGAUGGGGGAACCACUCCACAACAUCGAAAAUGUAAUAAAAGCUGCAGCCAUAAUGGUGGAUGAGCAAGGCCUUCAUUUCAGUCCUCUCAGGGUCACCAUUUCCACCAGUGGACUUGUUCCCCAACUGAAACGUUUUCUUCAUGAAUCCAACUGUGCAUUGGCAGUCAGUCUGAAUGCAACAACUGACGAGGUUAGAAACUGGAUCAUGCCAAUUAAUCGGAAGUAUAAGUUGGGUAUGCUUCUUGAAACUCUUCGGGAGGAGCUUCGUUUCAAGCAUAACUAUAAAGUUUUAUUCGAAUAUGUGAUGCUUGCAGGGGUUAAUGACAGCAUUGAGGAUGCAAAGAGGCUAAGUAAUCUUGUUCAGGGUAUUCCUUGCAAGAUCAAUCUCAUCUCAUUUAAUCCCCAUUGUGGUUCCCAGUUUAAACCAACAAGUGAAGAGAAGAUAAUUGAGUUCCGUAAUGUUCUGGCAGAAGCAGGGUGUGUUGUAUUCUUGCGGCCUAGUAGGGGAGAUGAUCAGAUGGCUGCAUGUGGGCAGCUUGGCAAGCCUGGGGAGAUCCAGCCUCCCCUACUUCGUGUUCCAGACCGAUUCCAAAUGGUUGUGUGAUUGACAAAAAUGACCACCCAAUUGCUCCUGUGGAUUACAUCUUCUCAUGCAGACUGCAGAAUGCAUUUUAUUGGAAUGCAGUGGUUAAGAGCACUUUUGAACUACUUGAAUGUGCAAACUCACUGAGUGAGGAUCUCAGCUUCCAAAUAAGGGUACCCAAGUUUCAACCAGAAUGGCAUUUUUAACUUCAUUUUUUCCCUGCUUGUACUCUGAUAUUAUAGGGAGAGGAUUUACCAAAUAUUUGUAGAUUCAAAACUUCUUUUAACUUUUGGGUGCCAAAUAUUUGAUUUUUCUCUCCCUCAUUUUCA